AUGAAAGCAGCAAAGAAAUACAUUCUUGACAAUCUUGAAAAAGGAUUCAUUGUUCCAAGCUCAGCUCCAUACGCAUCCCCGAUUCUGAUGGCGAAAAAAACCUAG